AUGGCUACUCCACGACAAUAUCGUAACUUACCGAUUGAGUUUAAACGCUCAAUUCCCCAUCCUGUUGAAGCUUUCGAAAUUGACCCUGAUUUCCCGUACACGUUUCGCCCAAGACUUCACGAGGCAAAUCAGACAAUCGAAAAUGCGAGCUGGGAGUGCCGUGAAGAUCUCAAGAAAGCUGACUGGAAAGGAGCACUUGCCGUCGGCUGUGUUAAUGAGAUAAGCGGAAACUUUGGAGCAGCGACUUUCCCCGAAGGAAAACUAGAUCGAGUCAUUCCCAUGACUUACGUAUCUGAAUAUGCAUUCAUCCAUGAUGAAAUGGUGGAUGAGAAGGAUACCCCUGAGGAGUUCGAAAAAGCCCAUCAAACUAUGCAUUCAUUUAUCGGCAAAGAUCACCACGACAGAAGUAAUAGUAUGAUAAAGAACAUCCAAGCCCGAAUGGCACUCCAGAUCUACCAAGGGGAUCAUGAUGGAGCAUCCCAAUUCUUUGAGGUCUAUCGGCCAUUUUUAGAGAUCAAGUCUCCACAAAGAGAUUCUAAAUCAUACAAAACUUUGGACGAUUAUUUAGUAUGGCGAUUUCUUGAUGCCGGGGGUUGGAUUUUCAAGGAGAUGCUUUUUUACACUGCAGACGUGAAUUUGAACAACGAUGAGAUAUCGUCUCUAAAGCCGGUCAUUCUCCCUGUCUUGCAAGCUAUGGUACUGACAAAUGAUUAUUACUCAUGGGAUAAAGAAUACAAAGAAUACAAUCGUACUAAUGGGAGCAUGCCAAUGGUAAAUGCUGUCUGGCUUCUCAAGCAUCUACAUGAUGUUGACAACACUAAAGCCCGGGGACUCCUUAGAGAAAAAAUAUUGGACCUUGAAAUGCAGUACUGUAAUAUCAGGGACGAAUAUCUUCGGACACAAACCACGAGUCCAGAUACGAUACGAUUUUUUGGUCUUAUCGAGCUCGCGGUGGCGGGCAAUCGAUUUUGGCAUGCUACUUCUAAACGGUAUAACUCAUGGGCUCCGACUCCAGUUUCGAAGACAAAGACGAAGCGCUCCGCAUCUCAAAUCGAAGCUAUCGAUUUUGAUGGCGAACGUGAUAGUAAACGGUCUAAGAUUGAAUUAGAUCAGAUUGCAAGCAAUAAUGAUGUAUCGUUUGCUAAGACGCCUGAAAGCUUGGAGGUCAAAACUCCGGAUACAAACGGAAACUUCGAUUCUUCUAGCUUCAGUCAAAAUGGUGCAGAUAAGAUUGUCCUAGAGCCUUACAAAUAUAUUUCAUCUUUACCAGCAUCAAACUCAAGGAAUGCAUUACUCGACGCACUCAACUGUUGGUAUUUUGUUCCACACGAGUCCUUGGAAAUCAUUCGACAUGUCAUUGGAAUCAUCCACAAUACAUCUCUAAUAUUAGAUGAUAUUGAAGACAAUUCCCCUACACGCCGCGGAUGCCCCUCAGCGCAUGAGGUAUUUGGGAUUAGCCAAGCAAUUAAUUCGGCAACAUAUCAAUAUGUGAAAUGUCUCGAGUUUGUCAUGGCUUUGAGCAAGGAAUCUAUUCAUUGCUUUACGCACACUCUAUCGCAACUACACAUUGGGCAAAGUCAAGAUUUACAUUGGACAUUCCAUUGCAAAUGUCCCAGUCUGGAGGAAUAUUUCAAGCAGACCGAAGACAAAACAGGAGGGCUAUUUCGUAUGGCAGCAGGUAUGAUGCGUGCUGAAGCGACUAAAAAUCGUGAUGUAGACGCGGAUAUAUUGAUGAGAAAGCUGGGAAAGUACUAUCAGCUUCGAGACGAUUAUAACGAUCUCAUUUCCAACACAAAGGAAGAGGAUAAGAAUCUAGAUACUGUCUACAAUGAUCUCGAUCAAGGAUCUUUCACCCUCCCAAUCAUUCACGCUCUUGAGAAAGAAGCCGAGAACGGCGAUGCGAAACUUCUCAAUAUCCUAAGAUCGCGAAAAUUGAAUGAAAGGAAAAUGUCUUCAGAAAUGAAGAAAUUGGCAAUUUCAGAAAUGGAAAAUAUGGGAAGCUUUACUUACGCAAAAGCAUUACUGAAUGACUUGCAUGUGGAUAUUGAACAUGAACUCAGAAUGCUUGAGAAAAGGGCUGAGUCAAGGGAAAACUGGAUUUUAAGGCUGAUGUUGUAUCGUUUGAAGGUUACAUAG